AUGUUAAUGCCACAAACUCCACGAGAAUCCCCACUGUUCCGAAGCAUAAGCAUGAAGCCAUCUAUUCCCCAUCGUGUUCCCCAUGAGUUCUUCAGAAUCCAAUAA